AUGGUCUCACCAUAUGGGGUGUUCUUCGGCAUGAUACGUUUGGGUGUCCCAGCAAUCUGCUUGAUUGCAUUAUGUUUCGCGGCAACCGUUGGAGGACGAGAUGCCUCAUAUCUGACAGCUUACAAGGACUGGCACUACUACAAGGUACCUGUAACCGGAGGUAUGACUUCGGCCAACGUGAAGGCAACGUGUGAGGCAGCGGGGUACGUGACGCCGUGUCCCGGGGACAGCGCCUGUGGGUUGUCCUCCUCGUCGUGCUUCCAAACAGGCUUGGUGAACUGUUGGUACCCCAUGGAGGAAGUAUCCCAGCAGCUGUGUGGUGCUGAUCCACGCAGCUGUCCGCAGCUGUACGACGUGUACCAGUUCAUGAACAACUGGCGUAAUGGUGCCUCCUGUGGUGCAGAGUCGGGACACUGGUGCGUCGAUGGCAAUGGACAGCAAGACGAGUACGCCUUCUGUGCCAGAGAGGGAUGUGACGGGAAUGGGCCCUUUCCCUGUACAUUUACAAAUGGGGGGUUCCCGUGUUUUGUGUUACGAGGGCUUCCCAUUAACGAAAAUGGCCCAUGUGACGACAUCAACGAAUGUUUGAGAGAAAAUGGCGGCUGCGAACACGUUUGCACGAACACAGAGGGGAGUUUCCAGUGUUCCUGUGAUGCUGCCUACAUUCUGAGUGAAAACGGAUUUUCAUGUGACGACCCAUGUCUGACCGCCACACCCCUUUACGAGCCACACCGUAGUACCGCGUACAUCACAGAGUCGGACGGCUCGAACGUGUGUGACGGCGGGUUAGAGGAGGGCUGGUACCGCUUCACUCAUGUGGGAGGCACCAUCCCCACCAGCUGUGUACAGUCUUACCGCUGCGGGACAGAGUCACCUGUGUGGUUGAACGGAGAACACCCCACAGAUGACACAAUUGCUGAUCGUUCGGUGUGUGCGAAUACCGGUGUCCCUGGCGAGUGUUGCACAGAACAAUACAACAUUCAAGUCAAGAGAUGCCCCACCCCCGGACAUACCUACUACGUCUACAAACUGGUGCCGACCAACUUCUGUGAGGCAUACUGUGCAGGUGACAGCGUACCCUGCCCAAACGGUGAAGUGUACAACGUAUUCCACCGGACUUGCGGAAAUAUCAUCCCGUUGUUCUCAGACAGCCCUGUCCUCCACCCUCCUGAGUAUGACGUCAGCGGCAAUCAGGUGACCUUCACGUGCCAGGUUGAGUACGACCCCGAUGACGUCACUGCCUGGUUUGACGUCAUGUUUCUGUUCGAUAAUGAGUACUUUCCGGACGUGCCUAACGUGACCCUGACGGCCGGGAAAAGGCGCGCAAAGAUGGACGCUAGUCACCUGGGUCUGAACCAGCUGUAUCCGAACUUGCCUGUCACCUGGCCGUCCAAGAUGGGGAAAGCUGUUUCCUGUCAAAUGAGGUCAUACUGGGAAGAUACCCCGGAUGUGAAAAGUGAGUGGCGUCAAAGCAACUCUUACUGGGCAGGAAUGGAGGCAGAAGACGUUGUCGUUAUUGAAGAGUCUGAUGACUACUACAAGUUGGAGCUGACCAGUACCGUCCCGUUCGUCUGUAGAGGUGGGGCACAAAGGGCGGGGCAGUGUUACGUAGACGUUCCCUUAGCUUUCGACGCAAACGACGACGACGUCUGCGUAGCUGAAGGUUGUCACGUGAGGUUUUACGCCGACAGGUGGUCGGAUACGGAACAUAGACUGAAAGCGGAGGCCAUCUUGGUUGCCGUAAAAGAUGGCCAAUGGGACGGAGACAAGCACAUGCUCAUCAACUUUGGACGGAUCACCCACGCUCCGGUGUCCAUCAGAGAACCUCACAUCUUCCACGGCUACACGCCUCAGUUCAACAUCCAGGUUCGAACAGUUGAUUCGGUCGAAGCAAGGUGCGCGUAUUCAGGCGAUCCCCAUGGCAUUACGUUCGACGAGCUCACAGGGAAUUGGCGAAAGCAAAUCCACGUUAUAUUACCUGGGGAAUUCGUUCUCUACAGGAGUACAAGACCAGGUCGAAAGUUCGAAGUCCACUCCCGACACAGGCGCUGCCGCUGGGAUUUCGACAUCUCCUGUAACUGCGGCGCGGCUAUCCGCGAGGGGAACGACGCCGUGAUCGUGGACUACUGCCACAGGACUUCACCAAUGAUUCGGUACAAAACAGUUACAGGAGGGCCGCUCUCUCCGGGCGUUAUAGUGAAUCAGGACAGGAAUGGGCGGUACAUCAGGGUCACGAUGACUUCUGGAGCCUACGUGGAAAUCAUAGGCUCUGGUUUCGUCACCCUCCGUGUCCACGCGCCGGGGAUAGACAGGGGGUACACCGAGGGGCUCUGCGGGACCUUCGACGGGAACCCUGCCAAUGAUGCCAUGAUGCCGGACGGUACCAUUUCUACUCACCACAUCUGGCCGGACUGGCAUAGAGAUUUCUCCUAUGCCUGGCGAAUCCAACCCGGACAGAGUCUGUUCGAUGUUGAGUGUCUAGACGAGGUCAGCAGCCCCGUGUCCGAGUCAGAGUUCUGCACGUGUGGGGAGGGAAACAGAAUCGAGUGUAGCCCGACUAAAACACGCAAAACCAACAACCUGAACGCCGUCUUCAACACCAUCCAGCCACAUCAAGAUGUAAAGAACAGGAACUGUGCAAGGAGAAGAAAGAGAGACCUGGACAACAUCGAAGACGACCCAGACUUGUAUAACGACGACGUUGACACAACACAGUACGAGUUCGACUACGCCCUGGACUCGGUGCCGGUCGUCAACAGCAUGUGGCCUACUCCGAACAGAGGAAUAACGGAGGAGGAAGCGAGAGGAAAGUGUCAAGGAGGAAUCUUGAACCUGACCAUCGCUGAAGACUGUCGGGAUGUUUAUGGUGUUGACAUCUUCUCUGGAGUGGACUUCUGCAUGGCGGAUGUAAAAGUAACGGAGGAUUUCCAGUAUGUUGACAUCAUCGUGCAACAGAUUCAGGCAGAAUGUGCUGAAAAGGCCUACAACAAUGUCAGUCUGUACGAGACCAACGAGAACGGAACAGCGGUGCCUCCAGCCUUCAUCACUGAGAACCUGUGUCCGCGCCAGUGUAGUAACCAAGGCCGGUGUGUGAACAGUACGUGUGAGUGUAACCAUGGUUACACGUCUGCAGACUGCUCCAUACAGAUCGGCAGGCCUCCAGUCGCGCUGGAACUCCCCUCGGACGGGCUGUGUGACGUCAGGAGUCGGCCCUGUAUGAAGACGUCCUUCUUCGCCGAACCCGUGAUGGACUCGGAGAACCUGACCUGUAGGGUCACUCAAGUUCAGAUACAAGAUGGAAUAAAGACUUCAACCAACUCCAGCGGCCGGUCCGAGGCGACGUUCCGCAGUUUUGGGGAGGUGUCGUGCGCCCUCCCCAGGUCUCCUGUACGGGACGGGACACCUGACACCAAGGAAGGCGCGGUGGCUCAUGGGAUGCUGGUGUCCGUUAGUAACGAUGGAGACCGGUUCAGUGAGGAGUUGUUCUUCACCGUGUACGACUCCGUCUGUCAGGAGUGUACUCAGGAAGGCAACUGUACCUGGAAGCCAAACACCUGCAUCAUCCGAGGACACUGUUUCAGGGACGAAGAGGCAAAUCCUAACGACUGGUGCCAGCAGUGUUUGCCGGCGCUUUCCAACUCAACGUGGUCGAGUCGACCAGUCAAUGUUGCUCCAAGGAUCACAACACCAGCCACAAUCAGAAAACUUAACGGUGAGAAUCUGACACUGACUUUGACCGCCGAAGACCCCGAAGGAAGACCCGUAACAUUCCGUCUGACGUCAUCAGGUGACCAUGGCGUUACCGUACAGCCAAACGGACAGCUGGACUUGACAGCAGAUGACGUCAGCUCUUCUUCUAUCAACGUCACAGUUGAAGACGAGUGCGGCGCGUCAUCCGAACAGACGUUCCACCUCACCACAAUGCCGUGUCCUUGUGAGAACGGAGGGUCCUGUGUGCCCGAUCCCGACAUGCCCCGCGGACAAGGCUUCUACACCUGCGUGUGUCCUGGGUACACCGGGGCCGUGUGUGAAACUGAGCCGGACGAAUGUCAGUCCAGCCCGUGUGUGAACGGAACCUGUACCGACCUCCUCAAUGGUUAUAACUGCACCUGCGCGGAAGGAUACAUCGGUACCCGGUGUGACGUGAGCGUAAACAACAGGUGCGCCCUGGCCCCGUGUUUUCCCGACGUCUCCUGUAUCAACUUAGAGGAUGGGGGCUACUCGUGCGGACGGUGUCCAGAGGGAUACAUUGGGAACGGGUACCAGUGCGAAGAUAUCGACGAAUGUAAGUCAGGUAUCCAUGGCUGCCAGCACGGCUGUAACAACCUUCCCGGAACAUACGAAUGUACCUGUCCGGACGGCUUCGUGCUGAUUGGUGAGGACUGCCUAGAUGUGGACGAGUGUUCUCUAGAUCUGGACGACUGUUCGCAGUCCUGUACCAAUACGAAUGGCUCCUACACGUGCGGGUGUCCUACAGGGUAUGAGCUGAACCCAGACGGAAGGACAUGUGACGAUGUGAACGAGUGCGCCAGCUCCCCCUGUCAAAACGGAGGUGAAUGUCAGGAUGGAGUCAACCAGUACACAUGUUCGUGUGCCCGCGGCUGGGUUGGAGCUCAUUGUGAGGAAGACGUGGAUGAAUGUAGGCUGACUAACCACGGCUGUCACGAGUGUAACAACACCCCGGGCAGCUAUGAGUGUUCUUGUAGGGACGGGUACGCGGUGGGGACCGGUGGGACAUCAUGCCAAGAUGUCAAUGAGUGUCUUCUAGACGACGCUGUGUGCUCGUACGUGUGUAUCAACACGGAGGGAAGUUACUACUGUAUCUGUCCGCCUGGGUACCUGCCUGAAACAGACGAAUGCUAUCUUCAACCGACAGACCCACCAAUACAGACAACCACUGCGAUGGCGGGUGACUGUAGGUCGACUCCAUGUACAGUUGAACACCAGGAAUGUGUAGAGAAUGGCGGAACCUACAGCUGCCAGUGUGCUGUUGGAUACUACUUCAUAAUCAUCGGAACUUCGGACACAUGCAGAGAAUCCAUUACGUACGAAGCUGAACUGACAAUCAUUGAAAUUGGUGGCGUAAAGCAGAGCUUUACAGCGGAAAUGGGCGAUACAGAGUCUCAGGAUUUCCGGCGGACGGCUUCAGUUGUAAGGAUUGCGCUUGACGAACAUUUCGAGGCGGGUAGCCUGGCUGGACGGUACAAGGGAGUGAAGAUCAAAUCCUUCCGGGCAGGAAGCGUCAUCGUCCGGUUUGACCUCUACCUGUCCCAGGGCCCCGCCUCCGUCAGUACGGUCACCGGGGCGUUCUACGGGAACCUACGGGGAAACACCUUCGGGUCGUCCCGAGUGUCAGUCCUGCCAUCGUCUCUGAGAGUUUCUGAAGUCGCCAAAGAUGACCUACCUAUAACUACCCCCUGGUACAAGGAGCCGCUGUACCUGGCACUCGUGUGUAUCGGCUGUGCUGUAGGUGUGACCAUCGCUGUGGUGGUGCUGAUGUGCUACUGUAAGAACAACAGCCAGAGGAAACUGCACAUCGUUGCUGGUGACGACGGAAAUGGAUUAGAGCCCGUCCAUCUGCAGGAGCUGCGCGGGGAGGCCAACAAGCCGUUUGACGAUCGUCAGCCGGUCAAGCUCAACUUCGUCGCACCGAUGUAUCAGUAGGAACCUUUGCUGUAGAAAUACUUAGGGUUAAACGUAACAUGUGUGUUUUUGGUUUUGUAUCCGGCAGAGGUUUUAGAGCACGAACAGUGGCAUAGUUGUUUGUGCUUGGAUAAAAAUAAUUGAAGUUAAAUCAUUGUUAUCCUUGUUCAACUUGAACGUAUUGUCCCGUUGUUUUGUCCUUCUACCAGUGUCUGACCAUCACGGAAAAAUUCAAUUUUCCGACGUGUACAGAAUUAGUUAUAGCAGGUGGAUAAGUCAAAAUAGUAGCUAUUUUACUCAUUUAAUGUGAUCUUACCAAUCAUGAUCUUGAUGGUAGUACCACUCAGCAACUUUUAAUCAUUUUGCAGUGACGAGUACCUUAUUGAGGGACGUCUGUGUGUGAAUUUAUUUUUAAUUGUGUUUUAUAACAUUGAUGUUACUCGUAUGAGAAGCACAACAGUGUUGAAGCAUAAGUAGAUCACACUGUAGAUCACACUGUGGCAUUGAAUGAGUCAGCGUAGAACACUUCGAUUAGAACACUGUGCUCUUUGCACGUACAAAAAUUGAAUCAAGUUGAUUUGAACAUGUAAUCUGAUUUGAACAUGUAAUCUGGAUCCAUUACUUAAACAGUGCUUGUUGUGAGUUUUAUAUAAUUUUUUAUUAUAUAGAAGCCUACUCGCAAAAAAAAAAAGUUUUACGAACUUGUGGUUUGAGUUGAUUUAUCUUUGAUGUUUGAUAUAAACAUUUGUAGUGACGGCUUACCCUAAAUUUGCAAAUAAAUAUCUGAUUGAUUCAA